AUGAUGAAUGUGGAUAUGGAUGAUGUCCCAUCUGCAAGAGUAGAUGCAGCUAAAGAAGAAAACCUGAAACUGUAAUCAGAAAAACAAGUUCUUGGACAAUACAUAGAAAAUAUCACGCCUGUUGAUAGUGUAUUUCAGACUACUGACACAAAAAGCAAACAAAAGUAA